AUGACGACAGUCGACCUGACGCUUUUGAAGUCGUGGCUCGAAGAGUUGACCAUGGCCCAACUUUACUCCCUGGAGGAUGCCGGCCUUCCUUGGCUACCGCCGCUGCAGAAUAAGAGACGUCGUCGUGCUGUGAACGAUAUCAUUCGUGCUUUGCAAGAUGUGACGGACCGGAGCCAGCGUCUGCGCUGCGUUGCUUGGCUACACUGCUGGCUGCUACCGCGAAGAAGCAACCGGCCGUGGCAUGUCAUUCGCUUCGAGACAGCUUCGGUUCUUUCCAACUUUUGGAGGCUGCUGUCACGCACGGCGACGGUACUUCAAGUUCACGGCGGCGAGGUGACGCUAGCGUGGACUGUAGACGAUGGCACCGUGUUCGCCUGUCUGCUCGUCCAGAACCUGGCGGAUCUGUCUCUUGACCACGAGGCGUCGUACAUGGUCCUGUGGCCCGGGCUGCCGAUUAUGGCGUUGUUUGCUCCGGAUCAACGUGGAAUACGCCGCUUGCUGCUGGCACUUGACAGGGCAAUGGCAGGCGCACCGGUGCAGAAGCUGGACGUGCCGUGUGGAGACCUCGAGACGGUAUUCCGCUCAUGCUUCUCGCAGCUACCAGUGCAGGUUGAGCCUGGUACCCUCAAUGUUCCAAAAGUGACAAAAGAUCUGCGUGACCCACCAGCAGGCAACAAGGAUUCAGAAGAGCGUCUUAACAUGUGGAGUGCCGCUCUAGCCGAACUUGGGCCUUCUUUACGACCUGUGGACAGCUCGUACACUCUCACUGAUGGGAAGGGGACAUGGGUGCGCUUUGAAGGCCCUCAAUUGCUAGACAAGCUACGUGAUCUCUACGUACGUGGUUUCGAUGCAAUUAUCAGCAAACACAUGCUGCCGGCUUUUCUGGGAAGUGACCAUCACAUUGUAUGAAGUGCCAAUGGUACGGAUUCCGAUUGGAUCUGCUUUGUAUAUAUUUCCAUUUGUUAUGUUCUUCAUACAGUGCUGUUUCCUCGUUUGGUGGUUGCUCCUCUGGUUUGCACUGCAUAGCUUCUCAUUGCAAAUAAAUGUCAUCACUUGUUAUCAAUGUUAUCAUGCAAAGCACUAGGCAUAAUGAUGGCCAGUUGUCUACCGCAUAAUUAUUUUAUUUUGUGUUAUGACGUAUAGAAAAAUUAUGCAGAGACUGUAUGGGCCUUUUAGCUGUAUUUACAUUUUAAGUUGAUCUCCUUUAUUCGUGCUAGUAAUUGCUAGCACUUGCUAUUAUUUCAUUAUCGGUGUGCUGAUCUUAGAACUACUGCUGAGGCAGUUUUUACUACUGUAUUUGUCAAUAAGUUGUGCAUUUUCCUGAUGUUAUUGUACCACACAGUACAAGGUGGAUGUGUGAAAUUUGAGCAUAAGACAAGCCAGCCGGAUAUGUUAUGUUCCAUUUUUACGUUUUAAUAAUUGUGACAUAUCUGUAAUGGCAGCAAGAAUCUGCAGGUUUUAAGGGGGGACGCAGCUUUCGCAUCGCGAUAAAUAGCUGAGAAAUCGAUUUCUUGAAAAUCACAUUUUUAGUUUCUUUAACUCUUUUUCUAUCUUAUUUCCAAAUGUCAUUGCUGUAAACCAUGUAGAAGUGCUCUAAAGAAUUUGUUUUAUCAGCCAUGGUGGCGAAAAAUCUCACGCAAGUCAAAAAAGCUAUCUCCUCCUCGUGUUAUUAAAGAAUGAACAUGCUGCCUGAUUCCAUUGUAAAUAUUCACUCCCUCGAUGCCUUUCUAGAAUGUCUGAAAUCUUACCUGGAUCGUAGUACACCAAUGUAAUAGUUGUACCUCAGCACUUGCAUGCGUUUUCUUAUCUACUGUUUGAUUUUUCCUUUGUCUUUUGUGUCGAUAUCGUAGUUGUGAAAUGUACCUUGUUUCGAAUGUGAAUUUAUUGGAUUUCCCACUCCUGUAAUAACCUGAGAAAGGCUGACAGUAUCAAUAAAUGAAUGAAUAAAUGAA